AUAGACUUAGAACCGCAUUAAACCCGCAGCGAUGAGUUUAAUCGGAAAUUUAUUUAAUUUAAAUUAACCUUAAUUAUUGUGAUAAUUCUUAUUAUUUAUAGACAAUUAAUUUAAAAACUGUUCGAUUAAAAAUUAUUGUUCAUUAAUUUGAUAACUUAUGUGCUUUAUUUGUUCAUCUUUAAUUAUACAGUAUGACUUUCAGAAAGGUUGUUGGUAAUUUGGAGCGUUUUUUUGACAAGAACCUUACAGAUCUUGUCAGAGGCAUACGGAAUAAUAAAGAGAAUGAGGCCAAAUACAUUGCCCAGUGUAUUGAAGAAAUCAAGGAAGAAUUGAAACAAGAAAAUAUAACAGUUAAAACAAAUGCUGUUGCUAAAUUGACUUAUUUACAAAUGCUUGGGUAUGACAUGAGUUGGGCAGCUUUUAACAUUAUUGAAGUUAUGAGUUCUACAAAAUUCACUUAUAAGAGAAUUGGAUACCUCUCAGCAUCUCAAUGUUUCCAUGAAAAUACAGAAGUUAUGAUGUUAACGACAAAUAUGAUUAGAAAGGACCUUAAUUCACAAAACAUGUACGAUGCUGGUUGUGCUAUGUCAAGUCUCGCCUGUUUUAUAUCAACUGACAUAAGUCGGGAUCUUGCAAAUGAUGUUAUGACCCUUCUAACCUCAACAAAGCCUUACCUGAGGAAAAAAGCAGUUCUCCUAAUGUACAAGAUAUUCCUUAAAUAUCCUGAAGCCUUAAAACCAGCGUUCCCUCGUUUAAAAGAGAAACUAGAAGAUCCCGAUCCAGGAGUCCAAUCAGCCGCCGUUAAUGUUAUAUGUGAACUCGCCCGUAAAAAUCCUAAAAAUUACCUUUCCUUAGCUCCUAUUUUCUUUAAAUUGAUGACCAGUUCGACAAACAAUUGGAUGUUAAUUAAAAUCAUCAAACUUUUCGGUGCUUUGAUUCCCAUUGAACCUAGAUUAGGCAAGAAACUGAUAGAACCAUUAACUAAUAUAAUUCACAGCACUUCUGCUAUGUCACUUUUAUACGAAUGUGUCAACACUGUUAUAGCUGUUCUUAUUUCCAUUUCAAGCGGUUUGCCUUAUCACAAUUCUUCCAUCCAAUUAUGUGUACAAAAAUUGCGAAUUUUGAUCGAAGAUUCUGAUCAAAAUCUUAAAUAUCUUGGUCUUCUUGCUAUGAGUAAAAUACUUAAAACUCAUCCGAAAAGUGUCCAAGCUCAUAAAGAUUUAGUAUUGGCGUGUUUAGAUGAUAAGGAUGAAUCAAUUCGUCUGAGGGCACUCGACCUUCUUUAUGGUAUGGUUUCCAAAAAGAACCUCAUGGAAAUAGUUAAAAAGCUAAUGACAAAUGUAUCCGAAAGUCAAUUAGGAAACAAAUAUCGUGAUGAGCUGAUUUCUAAGAUAAUUGACAUUUGUGCACAAAACGAUUACCAGUUUAUUGUUAACUUUGAAUGGUAUUUAUCAGUUCUUACAGAAUUAACUAGAGUCGAAGGAGGAACCAACCAUGGAAGUCUCAUUGCCCAACAAAUUCUUGAUGUUGCUAUUAGAGUUGAAUCUAUUCGACAAUUUGCCACCAAGCAAAUGGCAAUUCUCGUUGAAAAUUCUUAUAUGUUUGUAAAUACCUCAGUUUGUGAGGUACUUUAUGCAGCUUCCUGGGUCUGUGGUGAAUUCGCUGAAUAUUUACCUGAUAAACGUAAAGUUGUUCUUGAUCUUCUAGUUAAACAAUCAUUCCCACCUCAUAUUGAGUCAACUUUUAUUCAUAAUGCAUCUAAAAUUUUCUCGAAAAUUUAUUUGGAAGAACAAGAUUCUGAAUUGAUGAAAGAAUUCGCCGAUCAAGUUAUUGGAUAUUUGGAUCCAUUCCUGGUCAGUGAGGACCUUGAAGUCCAAGAGAGAGCAACCAAUUUACUUCAGAUUGUUAAACUGAGCUUGGAAAAUUCUGAAAAGAUUGACUUUGUUUCCAUUUUUUAUGCUCAUCCUCUUAAUCCCGUCGCUCCGAUCGCUCAGCGUAAAGUUCCAGUUCCUCAAGAAUUGUUGAUUGAUGAACCUUUUAGAGAAGAGAGAGAAGAUGAGGAUAUGGAUGAAGAUGUUCAUGAUCAAGUGCAAAGUUUCUUUGUUAAAGAAGAUAGUGAAGACGAAUAUCGUCAUGAGCUUAGAGAAUCAGAUAUGAAUGGUUCAGCAGAAAAUCACAGAAGUCGACAAUUUGAUUACGAAAAUAAUCCAAAUUAUCUCAAGUCAACCAAGAAAAGGACUCUCAACCAAUCGGAUAGAAUAUCUGAACCAGAUAUAGCCGAAGAAGCUUAUGAUUAUACUCUUAAAGAACGAAACAAGAACUUUAUUCCAGGCCUUGCAUCGUCGGAAAGUUAUGUUCGUAAAAGUAAAGAAAAGAAGACCAAGGAAAAGUCAAGUAAAGAAAAGAAAAGUAAAGAAAAUAAGGAUAGUAAAGAGAAAAAGAGUAAAGAGAAAAAAGUGAAAGAGAAAAAAACGAAAGAGAAAAAGAAGAGUAAAGAGAAUAAAAGUGAAGAAAUAAUUGUUGUUAGUAAAGAGAAAAAAGUGAAAGAAAAAAAGACAUCGAAAGAGAAAAAAAUGAAAGAGAAAGAAUUUAAAGAGAACGAAAUUGUAGAAAAAGAAGUUAAAGAGAAGAGGAAAACAAAGAGAACUAAAAAAUCUGCCCCCAAGGAGAAUUGCGAAAGUCCAGAAAUCGAGCCCGAAUCAACUCACUUAGUCACAAUUAAAGGACUCGAAAUGCCCGAAGGUGUUGAUCCCAACGAAGUGACGAACGACGAUGACAAUCUAAGUGAUUCAGAUCCACACAAAGCACUGGCUAAAUUCAGUCUUGACGAGCCGAGUUACUCAAGAACAAGAAAAUCGAAUUAAAAUUCCACCCGAAACAAAAAAAAGAAAGAAAAACAAACAAUUCGUUCGUUAAUUAAACAAUUAAACAAGUUUCUUGUUUCUCUUCUCGUUCUUGUGUUUACAAAAUCUCUUUUUUUAUAUACAAUUAAUUUAAAUACAGAAAAUUGUAAUCAACUAA